UGAACAUUUCAUUUGACUUCCUGACUGGCCUUUGACGGGAAUCUACUUGAGUCGUUAGCUAAAGGCAUGGCACCGCAAAAGCCUCGCUCCCCAAUUUCCUUUCGCCGGGCUCGACCCGAUGCCAGCAAUACCGAUUCACAUCCGUCGGGUUCGAUACCACCCUAUUUGAUGCAGCAGCCCCAAUUCGGAACCAACCCGCAGUUCUCUCAAAGUCCGCAGUAUUCGGCAGGCCCUUUAGCUGCACAACCACAGCAGUAUGCAAUGACAGGUGUGCCGCCGCAGAUGCAGCAUAUGUACGCUCAAGCGCCUCAGCAGUUUGGGGGGCAACAUCAAAGCUAUAUGCAGCACCCGCAGCAGCAGCAGCAGCGCAGUCCGUCAUCAUCAAUGCUACCGCAGCAUGGACAUCAUGGCGUUGUACAAUCGUAUUCUCAACAGCAUCGUCAACAGCAAGCUUUCCAACAGCAGCAGCAACAACAACAACUCUUUAUGGAGCAGCAACAACGAAUGAUGAUGCAAAUGCACAUUCAACAGCAACAGCAGCUGCAACAGCAACAUCAGCCGCAGAGCGCACCAGGUGGCGGUGCACCCGUGUGGUUCCAGCAGCUGCAACAUCCCAUGCCGAUGCAAGCGGGACAAACACCGCAAAUGCCACCGCAUUCGUUCCCAGCAGGGGCGAAUGUGGGGUAUGACGGUUCACCACAAUCAUCACCGCGCAAAGCCGCUGCGAAAGUACAAUCCCGGCGCCAAAUGCUCUCUACAAUCCCUGAACCGGCGGCGGCACCGCCACAACCACCAUAUUCUCAAAUGCACCCGGGAUAUCCGCCAGCUUCCUUCUCGCAACCCAUGCACUCCCAGAUACCCAUUCCUUACCAGCAGUCACAAGCACAGUCAGCAUUAUCGCAGCAAUUUCCGGCAUCAAUAUCAACACAGCAGCCCCAUACCCGCUCCCAUUCCCAACCUCUACCGGCUCGCACAAAACGGCGUGAUCCUACCUCCGCCGCCGCCCCAUCCACUCGCCCCGACAUUCUCUCCAAAGCGUACACCCUAACACCCAAACCCGAGCAGAAAGCUCCCAUGACGACGGAAGAGCGGUAUGCGACGUACCGCGCCGGCCCAGGAUCAGAGGAUCGAGGAAAAGUCGACUAUACGCCGUACUCGCUGAAUGAUUGGGAGAAUUUGAAGAAGAGGGAUAGCGAGAUGAAGAUGCCAAGGGGGACGGGGCCGCGGAGGGAGGAUGAGGACUUCAAGAAGGCUCAAUCCAAGAUGUAUCGAAGACUGGAAUAUGGAGAAAAGAUUCAUCAACUGCGAGAAGAGGCGAUAAGCGGGAGUACGACCUCAUCCUGGACCAGAUACUCCUCCUAGCCGUUUCACCGAUUUCACCAUGUGAGCGGACAUCAACCCGUGUAUGUCCAAAGUUUGUAAUUCUAAUUGCUAUAUGACUAUUCGUACUCUAAUGAAAAGUGUACGCCGCUCGUCUUCUGAAUCCGCGGUGCAGCGGAGAUCUUCGUACUCUUACUCCUGUUCCGCCAUUGUCCG